AUGACGACGAAGCAAUACUCGUUCAAGAUUCUUGUAAUUGGUGAUCCUGGUACGGGUAAAACCUCUAUCAUAAGAAGAUUUGUUCAUGAUGUAUUCACAGCCAAUUAUAAAGCAACGAUAGGAGUAGAUUUCGCAAUGAAGAGGAUGAAUCUGGACGAUGAUACCCAAGUAUACCUGCAAAUAUGGGAUAUAUCAGGGCAAGACCGCUAUGGAGUUAUGACCAGAGUGUAUUACAAGGAUGCGAAUGCUGCAAUCGUGGUGAUGGAUGCCACAAAGUAA